GGGUGCAGCGGGGCAAUGACUUACGGAGCAUGACGUGUCCAGUUUCCCGUUUGAGUCCGCCCUUUCUCUAGAACUCGCGACUUAAUACAUCGGCGUCUUUUUUGAGACUUGAAAGUAUUUCUUGAACUCUUACUACAGAUUUUAUUUUAAUGUAGGAGACCCUACUGCAUCGUCAUUUGUCAUGUAGGAGCGGUUUUGAUCAAGGUGUUGUUAUUUUUAAAGAUGGCGUUAGUGAGAAGAGUGGUGUGAAAGAAUGGACAUCUUGAGAGGGAAAUGGAAGGAAAAAUGCAUUCUGAACGUUUGCACUCUGCUCGUAUUGUGCUGGUCAGUAGACCCCUCCCUCUCGGCACCACCACCGCCUCCUGAUAGGACCCAGGUUGAGAGUAACCAUGGAAACCAGGAGUUGCUAUGCCAUGAGGGGAGUCAUUACCGCAUUAACGGGACAUGCUGUGGAAAGUGCCAUGAAGGGUUUAAGCUGAAGGAGCACUGCACUAAAGAGGGCGAGAAUAGCCAAUGUGUCCCCUGUGAAGAGGGCAAGACGUAUCUAGACAGGAGUAACUACGUCAUCAACUGCGACAAAUGUACACGCUGUGUUGACGAUGAGGAAGAGGUAUCACCAUGCAAGAAGAGUAAGAACAGAGAGUGUCGCUGCAGAGAAGGCUUCUACAAAAAUACAAUAGACACAGAAACACGGGAGUGCCUCCACUGCAAGAAAUGUGGACCUGGAGAGAGAAAAACACAGCAAUGUACUCCAGAGAGCGACACAGUGUGUGAAUGUAAGGACUUCUACUUCCGAGACAAGAAAAUCAACAGGACCUGUCUUCAAUGCAAAGAUUGUAUAUCAGCUGACUGCCAGCAGGAGUGUGCUUCAAGCACACAUCCCAAUCCCAAUGCAAAACCCCAAGACACUGGAUGGGGUGUUUGGUCUACCUACCUGUUGGCUGUAUUCGGCUGUGUUUGUGUUGCGCUACUGGUGGUGGUGGUUAUCAUGGGCGUACUAGUGGUCCGAUGGAAACUGAAGGGGUCGAGCUCCUUCCCCUCUGCUGAGAUCACCUCUCAGGGCUCCGAGAAGUCUACUCGGAGGCUGAUCCAAGAGGACCCAGAGAAUGUUCUCAACCAGAGUAUCCCUUCAUGUAGCCCAGUGUGUGAGUGUGAACAGGAGCCCCUCAACAAGCUACCAGACUGUGUCCCCAAGGAGAUCAAGAUCUCUGAGUUGAUCUACUCGCUGUUGGACCAAGUCUCCCCGCGUCGUGUGAAGGAGCUGGUGCGUUCGCUGGGUGUGAGUGACAUAGUGAUAGAGCGGGCUGAGAAUGACCACCUCCGUGACACUAAGGAAGCCCAGUACCAGAUGCUGAGUGUCUGGGCUAAGGGAAGGGCACAGGGAGGGGGAGGGGUGCUAGCACGCCCUCUACUGCACGACCUGCUGGAUAAGCUGAGAGACAUGGACCUGGGAGGGACUGCAGAGGAGCUGGAGACCAAGUAUGGGGAUCAGUGGAGAGAGAGAGAGAUGCAGACUGUAUAGACCAAGUAGGGGACCCAGGUUUCACUUCUCUAUGUCUUAUCAAAAGAGAAACCGAGCGGGACCAAGUCUAUUCAUCAUAUGUAUAGGAUAACUAGGAGAGCGAGAGAUGGGGGAGGUGCUAAUGGGGAGAGAGAAGGUCAGACGCAUCCCCUUGUCCUUACUUGUGUAGACCUGAGAGAAUAGGAUUGGUACAGUUUAAGCAAUAUUGUAGUUGUUCCACCUGGUCCAGAUCUGACCAUGUUUCCAUGCUUUCACAAUAUUUCCUAACCUUAUAGAUAUUUUUUUUGCACAUUCAAACCAAUGAAUGAGGAAUUGUAUGUUAUAAAAAGCAGUUUUAGACAGUGCUGUUUGUAAAACAGGCAAACUGGUUAUGUGUCACACACAGGUAUGAGAACCACACUAACAAUUGAGUUAAACGUUGUAAUUAGGGUAAUACACAUGUAACGCCCAUCUAUAGUAUUACAGGACUAUAUUACUGAGUAUUAGGUGGCGGCAGGUAGCCAGUAACUGAAAGGUUGCUGGUUCGAAUCCCUGAGCUAAUAAGGUGAAAAAAAUGUUGAUGUGCCCUUGAGCAAGGCACUUAACCGUAAUUGCUCCUGUAUGUAUUACAGGAGCAAUUACGGAAUCCAUAUAGCUUUUAGCUUCCCUGUGUCUAUCUUGCAUUAAUCGAACACAAACAUAUCAAGAAGAUAUUAGCAGAUAUUAGCAUUUGUCAUCAAGUAUUUUGUAGUGGUUUGUAUAUGGUAAUAAAAUCUGCAUAGGAGGGUGCUGUAUAUUUGAUAGGUUGCUGCUUGGGCGGCGUGAAGAUCAAACUACUGUAGUUUUGCUGUCUUUUACUACUGUCUUGAUAUACACAUUCUUGUUUUACAGAAUAGGUUAGGGAUGUAUCAAUCUGUCCUAUUUCUUCUGACUGUACCAUAUUCACUGUACUAUUCAAUCACAUCCAUCCAGGUUGUCUCUGUGCCAUGGUUUUUGAUCACCACAAGUGAUUGAUUCUUAUAUCCGUACAGUAAUAGUUAUCUGUCAGUACUGUUAGGGCACAGACAGGUCUUCUGCAGGUGUUAUCCCUGAGUUAUUGACAUUCCUUAAAGCCCCAUCAUCAUGCUGCCAUUAUUCAGGAUCAUUUAGUCAGAGGUCUCACUCUGCAGGGCUGACUGUUCUCUGGGAGAUUAAACAUGGAAACUAGGUAUAGAUAGAUAGAUAGAUAGAUAGCACUUACGUUUCUAGUGUUUAAUGUCAGGUGCAGAAGUAACAGUGAAAUGCAAUGUAUUGGAUUGUAUAAUAUGUUACAGCACUUUUUAACAUUUAAUUGUUACUGGUGAUUUUACUAAAGAUAAAACUAUUUUUAUUCUCAAAUCACAUACAGUAUAUGUGGGCAUUGAUUGGUUUGAUUUAAGGUAUGAGCAAAGUUGAUCAAUUGUAUAUAUUUUUAAAUAAAAAAUUCCCUUGUAAAAAUGA